AUGCGGAUGAUUGCUGGCAGACGGCUGCUUACUCACCAGCGUCAGCUCGUGCAUACUUCACUUGCUGUCACUGCAAUUCUCGUGGUGCGUUUCCAGAGUACGCCAAUUGCCUUUUCUGUGCCGCGCAUGCAACAGCCUGCGCUGAUCGAGCCAGAACAGUGUGAGGAGGUUGCCUUUGACUGCUGGGAACGUGCUCACGUAGACGAGAAUAUUAGCUCGGAUGAGUUUGCCAAAGCGCGAACGGUCUUCGGCUACGGCUCACUCAUUUUCCGCCCGGGAUUCCCAUACAAGCGAAUGUACCCAGCAUGCGUUCGGGGAUACCUCCGCCGAUUUUGGCAGAUGUCCUGUGAUCACCGGGGGACGCCCGAGUCCCCAGGUCGUGUUCUGGCCUUGUUGAGGACGCAGGAUGUAUCGCAGAUCGCGGGCGAUGGAGAAGAUGUUGUCUUCGGCAUGGCCUUCGAGGUCGACGCAGCAGACUGGCAAGAUGUCUUGGAAACCUUGGACAUCCGUGAGAGGCAUGGAUACACCCGAACUCUGACGAGACUGUAUCCUGUCAGCUCCGAUGGGCAUGAUGAGCUCCCUUCGUGUGGCGAGGCUGUCAUUUACUACACCUACAAUCCAGAGUGCAGUGCGGCCUAUGCUGGCCCGGAGUCUGUGGAGGCAUCAGCGAAGGUCAUCGCAAGAGCCGUCGGACCUUCGGGGCCCAACGAUGAGUACUUAUUCUCGCUUGUGGAGGCGGCAUGA